UUAAAGGAGCAGAAUAAGAGUUCGCAAUUAAAACCAUUUAACAAUACGGCAGAUUUUGAACACCUGCUACACGUCGUAAGAGGAUUGUUCACUGUAAGUUGACCUAGAUAUAAUCAGCAUUAUCACCACAUUCAAUAAUGCUAUCAAUACAAUCAAUAAUGUUAUCAAUACAUUCUAUUAAAUAUUAAUAUUAUCAAUAUCGCAAUCGACACAAUCGAUACCGCCGUCAUUAAUACGACUAUCGAUAUAAUCGAUGUUGUAUUUGAGCUCCAUAAUCAUUAUACAAUAUUAAUGCCGAUAGGUCAGAUCACUAUCACAAUCCACUAUGAUCAACAAUCAAAACUAUUCAUGUAUGAUAUUUUGAUGUGCAGAGAGAUGGAAAAUAUCAGGAAUACUUUCGCUAUCCUUCCAAAGUCGAAAAAUGGAAAGACAUCAUUCGUUGCGAUUCCUGGCAGGAUGAUCAAGUGUUUGUCGACGAAAGAUUGGCUGCUCUGAAUCCCAUGUCUUUACAGCGUGUAACAGCUAAUAGUGGUAAAUUUCAUGUUGAAUACCUGAAAAUGAUCAUUGCUCGUCUUAUUUCUGAACUGUUCUCCCAAGAGAUACUUGUAAAAAUAUCUUUAUAUUCACAAUACAUUACGCGGGAGAAGGCAUUCUCACUGCAUAUUCCAUCUCUUGAACUGAUGAACUUUCUUUUCCAAAUAGGAUGGAAUUAAGUUUGAUACUUAUAAUUGUUUUUAUGUUAACAGAAGAUUUAUGGAAAGGAGUGGGGUUGAGUCUUAGUGAAUUAAAAGAAAGACUCACUCCUAAAUUUGAUUGGGAUUAUGCUGUUUCGAGCGUGGUCAGACGGAAAACGACUUUGGAUGAGAUGGUGAAACAGAACGUGGUGUAUGCCGUUCAUUUUCCGUAUCUCGAUGAAAUAACCAACGUACCUGAUAUAACCAACAAACACAAGAAGAGAAAGCUAAAGAAAGCGACGAGCCCUAUAGCAUUGUUCGUGUCAGUGAAGACGUCUGAAGGCAAACCGUAUGAGCUUAAACCUGUGGCAAUACAAGUAGACAACUUCCAUGAUUCACCAGUAUACACUCCUGCAGACGGCAGACGUUGGUUGCUUGCGAAACAGCUUUACCAAAUUGCUGACUUUGCCUAUGUGGAAAUGAUCGAGCACUUACUGAAAACCCACAUGGUACUUCAACCCAUAUGCGUGACUGCAAAGCGGACCAUCUCUGUAUUCCAUCCUUUGAACGAGCUAUUAAAGUGGCACUGCCGGGGACUUAUUUCAACCAAUGUCAAUGGUUUUCCCAAGUUGAUCCUACCAGGAAACUAUAUGCACCUAUUAUUCUCCAUGGGACACAGAGGCAGCAUCGAAUUGCUGAACAAAGGAUUUUUGGAUCUUUCCUGGGAGGAUAUAGAUUUUUGGAAAAGUAUCAAGGUAGCCAUUCUAACCAUAUUGCUUGUUAUAUUCAAAGGUAGAGACGAUCUCAGAACGAUCUCAAAUGUUGUGAUUUUUCAGAAACGAGGUGUAGAUGAUACAGAGAAAUUACCAUAUUUCCCGUACAGAGAUGAUGGUUACCUUAUCUGGCAACAAAUUCAGAACUAUGUAGAAGAAUAUGUAUCAUUAUAUUAUAACGAAGACGAAGACGUGAGUUCUGACAGCGAACUAGAAAACUUUACCAAUGAACUGUCGGUGGAUGGAAUUGGGCAAUUCGGGGGUGUUGGAAUGUUAAGAGGUUUUCCAAGCCGCAUCCAUACGAAGACUGAUCUAAUCCAAACAUUAUCCCGUAUCCUAUGGCUACCAAUACAACACAAUGCGGUCAACUACCCCAUCGCUUACUACGGAGCCUUCGUUCCGAAUAUGCCAACGAAACUUUACGACGAUCCCCGAGCAAAAACCGACGAGUAUUCCUUCUAUACGCUGCCAGACAGGGGGGUUGCGACGAUACAAGCUGUGGUUUCCACGAGUCUCGGUUCCCUUCGUUUUGACAAUCUACUCGACUACGGAGCGCAGAUGUUAGAUCGGGAAGCGGGUGAACUUGUGGAGAAACAUCACAAGAUCUUGAUGACCAAAGUAAAAGCAAUCAUCGAGAAACGAAAUGACAAAAGAUUCAAUGAUGGUCAUCUCACGUAUCCAUAUCUUAAGCCAGGAUGGAUACCCAACUCUAUUCAUACUUAAAAAACCUCGAUACGGUUAGGUAGACUUAUGAUGCUCGUAAAUUUGUUUAGCUACGAAUUGGAAAAGUGGCAAUGCUUGCACAGUAAUAUAUGUAUAGAUUAGCUAUAUCAUACAUUGGUACUUAUAAUAAAUGCUUUUCGUCGUCUUCUUAAUAAUAAAUUACCGAUGUUCGAAAUUUGUUUAAUGUGGUAAAUUAUAUGCGUUUCUU